UAAAUUUCUCUCUUUUGGCAUGGUAUAAUGGCAAAUUCUCAGCGCACCAAUGAAGCGGCCAUCCUACCGACUUCAAACAUGUCCAACGAGGAAAAAGCCCUCGUGUGCAAGAAGGCGGGAUGGUUCGGAAAAAAAGAUGUCCCCCCACCAGUGUCAGUCGAACCCGUCAUGGCUCCUCCAUUAUAUGCCGACUUGGGCAAGAAGGCCAACGACGUCUUUAACAAGGGCUACCAUUUCGGUCUCUUGAAGUUGGACUGCAAGACGAAAACGGCUGGAGGCGUCGAACUCAGCACCGGUGGAAACUCAAAUCAAGACAGUGGCAAGGUCUUUGGCUCUUUGGAAACCAAAUAUAAGGUCAAGGAUCCCAACGUUACCUUUACCGAACGUUGGACCACUGACAACAAUCUCUUCACAGAAGUCAGUGCCCAAGAUUACUUCCUUAAUGGUCUCAAGACCGCCGGAAACGUCACUUUCCAACCGCCAACUGGUGCCGUUAAAGGGCAAAUAAAGUUGGCUUACAAUCAAGAAAAAGUAGCGUUGAACGCUGAUUUCGAUGUCGACAAGGAUAAGCCGUUGAUCAACGCAGCCGCAGUUGUUGGUCAUCAAGGUUGGUUGGCCGGUUACCAGGCCGCCUUCGACGUCAACGAUGUCAAACUGACCAAGAAUAACUUUGCCCUCGGCUUCCAAACAUCAGACUUCACUAUCCACACAUCUGUCGAAUGUCCUAUGCCAUCCGAUUCUGACGGGACCGACGAUGGUGGCGAAAACGAAAACGAAAAUGACGAUGCCAAUGACGGGGAUGGGAGCAGUAGUGACGGUCAAAUUUUCAAGGGGUCAUUCUACCAGAAGAUCAGUCCGAAAUUGGAGUCGGCAGUACAAAUAGCGUGGAAAUCCGACAACCAAGAGACGCAGUUCGGGCUUGGUACAUCCUACAUAAUCGACCAAGAUGCGUCCCUGCGCGCCAAAGUCGACAACAAAUGUUUGGUGGGGCUUGGCUAUCAACAGAGGCUUCGUGAAGGCGUUGUACUGACACUGUCUCUUUUGGUGGAUGGUCAGAAUUUCAACAGUGGGGGACAUAAAAUCGGUAUGGCUUUGGAGUUGGAGGGUUAAAACACAAAAUUUUCAUUCGUUCCACGUACUACUGUAUUAGAGAAAAACGUCGCCACAAGUACUACUGUGCUGUUGUAGAUAAAUUUUGUUUGUAAUGGUAUUAUUAGGUUACGUAAUAAAGUCUACAUUAAUUAAUGCCAUUUUUUAACAGUUUAAUUAAGUUUUUUUUUAAUGUAGCUAAUUUUGCUCCGGUGGAUUUUUUUUACUAUAUCUUAAGGAGUAUAUCACUAUCACAUUUGUUUUAUCUUGUCCAUGUGGAGGGCUACAUUCAAAUUUAAUCAAUUUUAUAAUUAUAAUUUUAACGCUUUACAUCAAGGUGUCCCUAAAGCGAAAUAAAAUAUGUAAUUUACAA